GAGCCGGGUGGCAGGCGGAGGUCGUGUGAGGUUGCCUGCGGAUCGCAGCCAUGGCCGAACGGACGCCCCUGCUCAACUACAGGCUGUACGUGGCCCCCGAUGCUGGCGGACCCCGCGGACCGCACGGAGGCCAGCAGGUUCCCGCUAAGAAGCUGUCCACCUUUUUCGGGGUGGUGGUACCCACUCUGCUCUCCAUGUUCAGCGUGGUGCUUUUUCUGCGGAUAGGUUUCGUUGUUGGUCAAGCAGGACUUUACCAAACUAUCCUCAUGUUCAUUGUGGCAUAUCUCAUCAUAAGCAUGACUGUAUUGUCAGUGUGUGCUAUCUCCACAAAUGGUGCAUUGGAUGCUGGUGGUGCCUACUAUAUGAUCAGUCGAGCAUUAGGACCAGAAUUUGGAGGCAGCAUUGGAGUCAUGUUCUUCUUAGCAAAUGUAUGCGGGAGUGCUCUCUACAUCUUGGGACUUGUUGAAUCUAUUGUUGACAUUUUUGGUUUGCCACCAGGGCAAACCACAAGAAGUGGUUUUCAAGUUCUUCCUCAUUCCUACUGGUAUGAAGUUCUCUAUGGCACAGUGAUUCUCGUCUUCUGCCUUCUUGUAUGUUUGGUUGGAGCUGACAUCUAUGCCAAAGCCUCCUUCAUAAUUUUCAUCAUUGUUAUAGUGGUACUCAGCACAAUAUUUAUUAGCUUUUUUGCAGUAUCACCUAAAUCUAUUAAUAUUACAGUGACAUCAGGGAAUAACACAGAAUUUCGAGAGGGUUUAUAUACUGGAUUUAAUCUGACAACUCUAAAGAACAAUCUUCCAUCUAAGUAUGUAGCAGACUACACAACUGGUGUGUUGAUGAAUUUUGCUGCUGUAUUUGCUGUUAUGUUCAAUGGAUGCACUGGUAUUAUGGCUGGAUCCAAUAUGUCAGGUGAUUUAAAGAACCCCAGCUAUUCUAUUCCCAGAGGCACUAUAACAGCUGUAAUUUUUACAUACAUCAUAUAUAAUAUUUUAUCCCUCAUGGUCAGCUGCACAUGUGACAGAUUUCUUCUCCAACAUAAUUACGGCUUCCUUGAAGAUAUUAACAUCUGGCAUCCUUUUGUCAUAAUUGGAGUCUACUCUUCAACUCUGUCAGCCGCGAUGAGCACACUGAUUGGAGCAUCAAGAAUUCUCUAUGCUCUUGCCAAGGACAAUAUAUUUGAUAAACUUCUCAUGCCUGCAAAGAAAACUUCACGAAGUGGAAAUCCCUGGGCUGCUGUUCUGAUAUCGUGGAUGCUAGUCUCGUGUUGGUUUACUGGCAAACUGAAUACUAUUGCUGGGAUAGUGACCAUCUUUUUUCUGUUGGUCUAUGCUGCUGUGGAUCUCGCCUGUCUGGCAUUGGAAUGGGCCUCAGCACCAAAUUUCAGGCCAACCUUCCAUUAUUUCACUUGGCAUACUUGCGUGCUGGGGAUCAUUGGUUGUGGAAUUAUGAUGUUCUUGAUAAGCCCAAUAUAUGCUUCAUCUAGUAUUGCAUUCAUGCUGAUACUGCUGUUGGUCCUUCACUAUGUAUCACCCUCUAGCAGCUGGGGUUAUAUCAGCCAAGCUAUAAUAUUCCAUCAGGUUAGAAAAUAUCUUCUCAUGCUUGAUGUCCGUAAAGAUCAUGUCAAAUUUUGGCGCCCACAAGUUCUGCUGAUGGUUGCCAACCCUAGAACGAGUACUCAACUAAUAUGUUUCGCAAAUGACCUAAAGAAAAGUGGAUUGUAUGUGCUUGGUCACGUGCAGAAAGGAAAUUUGGAUGAGAUGCCUUCUGAUCCUCUUCAGGCACAGUAUGAUUCCUGGUUAAGCUUGGUUGAUGCACUGAAUGUAAAAUCAUUUGUCAGCCUUACCCUCUCUGACUCAGUACGUCAUGGAGUUCAACAUCUUUUAUUCAUCUCUGGUCUAGGUGGAAUGAGACCCAAUACUCUUAUCCUUGGUUUCUAUGAUGACUGUGUUCCUGAGGAUGGUUUACAACAAAUUCCAGCGUUUUCAGAUAAUAAUCCUUCUAUCAACAGUGAUGAAGACUCCAGCCUACUGCCUCAUUUUCCUCCAACCAGACAUGGUUCCUCUCCCAAGGCACUGUCAGGCAGAGAGUAUGUGGGCAUUAUCUCUGAUUCCAUUAAAAUGUUAAAAAAUGUUUGCUUAGCCCGAUACUUCAACCAGCUGAACAAAGCUGAUCUGUUCAAUCGCAAGAACUGUGACGUCUCCAUAGAUGUGUGGCCGCUCAAUCCACUCCGUCCUGACAGUGCUAAUUAUGUAGAUACUUGCAGUUUAUUUCUGUUACAAAUGGCAUGCAUUCUUAACAUGGUACGUUCCUGGAGGACAGCCAAACUACGUAUUUUUCUGUGUGUUGAAUCCGGGAACAGUGCUGGGGAGCAUGAGAAAAAAUUAAAACAGCUUUUAGGUCAGCUACGUAUUAAAGGUUCAAUUAAACUCUGCACUGGGAUAGUGUUGCUGCACUACAUUGGCACAAGCAGAUGCCUCAAGCGAGUUAACGAUGAAAGUAGUUUUUGUAAUAAUUUCCCAUCAAAUGAUGAAAUCUCAAAUGACUAUUUGAUAGCUGUAAUAAGAUGAUUUUUAGAGCAGGACACCCAUCCUGCAAUCCGCUUUCUAUAUCUACCACGGCCUCCUGCAGACAUUACUCUACAUGAACGGUAUCUGGAGCAGCUUGAUAUCUUGACCAGGGACCUGGGACCCACGUUGUUAAUUCAUGGAAUUAGUGCAGUCACCAGUAUUGAUCUUUAGAUGAUGCAUUUUAAACCAUUGAUUGCGAUGGUUAAGAACAGAGAAGUUAAUAUGUCGCUAGUGAAGGUGCAAGAUUGGGAAAAGGUUUAGUUGUACUGUAGAACCAAAUUUUUGAAACUGAACAGAAGGAUUGAGGUCUGUAGCUCUGACAUUUUUAGUAGUUUGCUUUUUUCUUCCUGAUCUUCCUACUCAUCAAAAUAAAGCAAAGGUGUUAUCCACUGUAUCCAUCCACACAUCCAGCAUUUCUAGAUUUGAUGAAGCCUCAUAGGAAAUAUUCUGAAAAGGGGCUUUUAAACCUUACAUCAAAUAUGAGUUACUUCUACAAAGUUCUAUUACGCUUCCAUAACAUGCAAUGAAAAUAUUCUGAAUACUAAAAGUUCACAACCGGCUUCCUCCAUCUGAUAUGAACAACUUAAGUUUUAUAUAUCAGGAGAAAUACCUGAUCUUAGCAGCAAUAAUCUCAUACUUUUAGUUGGAUUAUUGUUAAAUUUGCAGGUAGCUUCCUGUAUUCUGAAACUGGAUUUUUUUCCACAAAUUGUGAUUGAAACAUUUUAAUAUGAGAAAUAGGAGGUAUGUUGUUGAAAAAUAGUCUGAGACAAAGUGCAUACUCAAAAUGUAUGGUUAAAAUAUUUUGCAGUGAAGGAAACGGAUGCUAGAUUUAAAGAUCAUGCCUCUUGGUUUUACAUUUUUAACGGCUCUUUGUAUGCUAUCAUUUUUGCCGUGACAUUUUGACUUUUUCAAUAAUCUCUAUAAACAUUUAAACAGGGUUUUGUUGGUCACUUGUCAACGUAUAAAUUAUACUUUUUGAUCUGUUGAUACAGUUUUGCCAGUUCUGUAUUAUCAGAGCAAUAGGUUUGCAUGUAUCACAGUGGAGGUUGUGAUUGCAGUAUAACUGACAGUAAAAUAAAGCUGAAAACACCAAUUAGCCUCCACUUCCUAUAGUGUUUUUCCAGGAUUUUAAGUGUAGUUUAGCUGAGCAUCCCGAGUUUUAUUAUUAUAAAUGGGUGCACAAGUUUAUUGUUCAUCCUCAUUUUUUUUGAUAUAUCAUUGCAAAUAAUACAAAAUAAAAAAACAGAAAUCCUGGAAAUGCUCAAUAUGUCAAGCAGCAUCUGUGAAGAGAGUAAUGAAAUUGAUGUUUCCAUUGUGAAAAGUUAGAAACGGAACAAGAUUUAGUUGCAAAGAAAGUGGAGGGGGAUGGAGAGAACAAAAGGAAAAACUGAAUGGCACAAGUGGUUUUACAAGCCAAAGGAGGGCAGUGAAGGUGAGUUUAUAAGGUGUGUCUGGUGGAGGUACCAGAAGAGGGAGGGGAAAAAAAUAAAUGCUGGAAUGUGAGAUGCAAGACUGGAAUGACUGAGCAUCUGGAAUUGUUGAAUUCAGUGAUGAGUCCAGAUGGCUCAAAAGAUGAGGUGCUGUUCCUCAAGCUUCUGUUGGACUUUAAAACAGUGAAGGAGACCAAAACACAGAGAUAAGAGUGCAAGUGGGACAGAGAAUUAAAACAGGAAGCUCAGGGUCAUGCUUGAGACUGAAUGGGGGAUUUCUGCAAAGUAGCUAUCCUCUCCUCGGCUGCUUUUCCCAAUGCAGAGAAGACCAGAUCAAAUGGAGUAUAAUAAAUGGAAAAGUGUGUUUUGAUUUCUGGGCAGCAGGAAGCAAGGAGGUAAAAGAGCUGGUGUUGUAUUUGCUGCAUUUGAAAAGGGGAGUGGGUAUUGGUGGGAAAAAUCAGAGAGACCAGAAUGCUGAAAGGGGAGGAGAAGUAGUAUUCAGAGCCAAUGAUGUUUAAGAGGUACCAAAUCAGAGUAUGAUUUAUGUAGACACAGUUCAGGUGGAAGGUAUGCACAAGGGGGAACCCUAUCCUUGUUUUGAGUUGGGGGAUAUUGGAUGAUGACAGAUGUGUGUGAAAGGGACAGAUGUGUGGGAAAGGAACAGGAGUGGAGAGAAAGCCACAGCUGAGGAGAAAGGAUGACAUAUCAGAAGCACUGGUUCUCCUGAAUGCUUCUAGCAUUUUUUGCUUUUCUUUUGAUAUUUCUGGGUGUGCCAAAAUGGUGGUGUUGGAAAUAAUUAUUUUAGGAUCAAAUAAAAAUGCAGGAGGCAGACUUCUGAGGUGGUUGGUAUUGUUUCAGUGACCACGUUAAGUUACGAUCAGCCAUGAUCUUAUUAAAAGGCAGACCAGGCUAAUGGGUCAAGUGACCCACUCUUGCUCCUGAUUUUUUUAUGUUUGCAUCAGCUGUACUUAGCUUUGGGUGUAACCUUGCUAUUUUAAUUUUUUUGCAACUAGUGUGUGAUUUUUUUUAUAUAUAUGUAUCAUGAAGUCAUUAGACCAGAUAGGUUAAACUGCAGCCAAUGAAUAACACAGCAGGUUUAUGACUAUGACAUAUUAAAUUUUUAAUUUUUAAGCUUUAUGCUUACAGCAGGUUCUGUACCAAUUGCAAAAAUACACUUUUUAUUUACACCUUUCAGUGACUUCUGCACAGCAUAAAUGUGUGGUUCAGGUUAACCUCCACAAAGCCCUCAGGUGUCCAUCACGGAACCAGAGAGCUGACGAAUAGAAAAAAUCCGUUUCUGGCAGGGGAGUCUAUUCUGAAGGGUCAUUAAUUUAAGAUCAUCAGUGAGAUUUGAAAUAAGAGGUCAGGCAUGGACUGUUUUGCUAAAGGGAAUAAUUGAGCUCCAGACCAUUGCAUAUUUUAAUAUAAGAGUGGAUAAAUAUUUGAAGCAGAGUUAGUUGACUGGAAAGAGCAGAGCAGUGAGUUUAGUUUUGGAUUGCUCUGGCAAAAAACUGAUACAGACACAGCAUGUCUAUUGAAUGGUAUCGAAUGCUGCUGUGAAUUCUGGUUUAUGAAUUGAGAAAUUACUGCCAACUAUAUUUCUGGUGCGUCCUUUUACUGUGAGAGCCAUGUUACUUGGCUUUGUUUCUUAAGCAUUUAGAACCUGAAGAACUUGGUUUGCUUAAACUGACAGGGGUUGUGCGUUGCUAGGUGUUGGAUACUCUGGGACUGCAUUCUGAUAAAGGGAAAAUUACAACAGUCAUUGUGGUUGCUUGUUGUCAUAAUCUUUAUGACAUUGCAAGCUCCCAUUGGGGAAUCAUGGAUUUUAUCCCAAUCCAAAAUGAGAGCAAUAGAAAAAGAAUAUAUUAAUGUAACUGCCAAAAUCUCAUAACCGGUGUUAAAAUAUAGACUUUCAUAAAAUGAUCUGAAGUAAUAGUCCAGUCUAUCAAUAUAUACAACGCUAUAUUACUCAAUAACAUAUUAAAAAUAGCACGUACUGCACAGUCCUGAGAACCCAAUGAUGAGCAAUACAAUAAAAACAAUGGGUUUUCACAGAAAAACUCUCUGCCUGCACUAUUUUUGUUAGUUCCUAUUGCCUGCAUUUGGCAUUUUUAAAAGAUUUUUUAAUGAACUGCAUUUGGAAAUCAAAGUUAGGGAGAACUUCAAACAUCUAAAGUGACAAAACUUUUCUAAACAAAGUUCAGCUUUACAUAAAUAACCCGUGCAGUCGUACUUAGUCCAAAAUAUAACCAUAUAUCCUAGGUUAGAAAAAAUGUACACAUGUAAAUUGAAAUGGAAUAUAUAUUUAAAAUCAUCCUACAUACCCUAUUAAAACAUUUGAAGAUACGGGUUUCUUGCUGAAGAAAGAAUGCAUUUAGUAUUUAUAUUCUACCCCAUCAUUAUUAAACAGGGGCCCCUUAACACAUUAAUUUUAAUAAGGUACCAGCAGUGCAUGUCAUUCUGAUACUUUCGUAGAAGACAAUUGAGAAUUAAUGCUAAUGUCACUGUACAAGUUAUUGAUCUUGAUCUUUGCCUCGGGUUAUCUUGUUUAGUUUCAGAGUUGUGUACAUGUUAAUAAUUCAUUUGCUGGGAUAUUAAUACUGAAGCAGGUAUUCUGUGGUGAGCAUGCAGAAGUAUUUUUAAUUGACUUUUUUGAAGCAUCAUAAUUCAACUUUUUAUUACAUUGAUAUUCUAUAACCAUCUUUCAUAUCAAAAUCAUACCCCUAAUUCAAGAAGCAUUAAAUGACACCUGAAAACUGGCUCUCAUAUAAAAAUCAAUGCCCAUCUACUCUCAAUAAUAAGCGACUUAAUUAAAAAAAACUAUUUCUACAAGUUUGCUUCAGAAUGUCUGUUUCAUCAUUAAUAUCCCAACAACUGAAUUAUUGAUAGGUGCACAUCUCUGAAAAUUAAGCAACGUAACCUCAUUCUACCUAGAGUCAUAGAAAGAUACAGCACAGAAACCAGCCCUUUAGCCCACUGAGUCCAUAUGGACCAUCAACCACCUAUUUACACUAAUUGUACAUUAAUCCUGUUUUUUUUAAAUUCUCAUCAACUCUCCCUGGAUUCUAUCAGUCCACUGGACACAGAGCAAUUUACAGUGGCAAAUUAACCUACUACACCACAUGUCUUUGGAAUGUGGAAGAAAA